CCUGGCCUUUAUAUUUGGCAAGAUUUCUUUGCAAUUUCAUUUAGCCAUUUACCUACAGUAUUGUCGGAUCAUCAUUUCAAAAUGGCCGAGGUCGAUCUCGUGAACCGAGAUCCAAACAACAUAAAUAAUCACUUAACGUGCCAGUUUGAAGAUGUUCUGGCUGAGCCUGAUGGUACUCACAGUAUAGACUGUGUAUGGAAGCUUUCCUAUUCUUGUUUCAAUCUAUGGAAGAAACUUUGCUAUAUGAUCGCUACUACCCUAUGUGGUAUCUGUAUAGCAGCAGAGUGGGGAUGCGAAUUUGCGCUUGUUUCCUUUUGGCAUAUCUGGUAUUUCACACCUCUCUUCAAGAUGUUUGACCUCAAUUGUAGCUGUUUGAAGAAGUUGUGGGCUCAGUGCGUCAACUGUUGUGUUGAGCCUUGCUGCAUGGCUUGCGGAACCGUAUUCCACAUGUUCAAGAAGGGAUAAUCCUGAACCACCAGGGACAAGUUAAAACUGUGUUUUGUCACGUGUAAUGGCAACGUAUGAUGCUGAUUGGACUUUUUGUCUGAUUGCAGAAUAUAAUCUUUACAAUGAUUAUUCAUUAGAUGGAACAACAUAAUUCCGUCUGGUAGACUACAUCUAAUAUUCUUUCUGAACUGAAAUUUUGAGAUCAAACUGUCAUCAAUGAUUUUAUUUCAGUUUUCACUGUUAUCUAUUUUCUGUUGCAAAAUUACAUUACAACACUUUCGCCGAAA